AUGGCGGUGACCAUGGCGAGCGUUUCCACCGGUGUGAUGAACUCCCUCCUCGGGAAGCUCGCCACGCUGAUGGGGGAUGAGUACCGCAAGAUCAAAGGCGUCCGGAACAAGGUGGCGUCCCUUCUGGACGAGUUCAGUAGCAUGAGUGAUCUGCUUGUGAAGCUCGCAGGCAUGGACGAGCUUGACGUUCAGGCCAGGGAGUGGAGGGACCAAGUCAGGGAGAUGUCAUACGACAUUGAAGACUGCGUUGACGAUUUCAUGCGUGACCUCGGACAAAAAUGCGCAACCACCGGCUUUCUGAAGAAGACUGCCGAACGCCUGAAGAAGCUGAGGGUGCGCCAUCAGAUGGCCAACAUGAUCCAUAGGAUCGAGACUCGUGUAAGUGAAGUGCAUGACCGGCGCACGAGGUACAAAAUUGAUGAGUACGCUCCAUCAUCCGGCAUUGUCGAUCCUCUAUGUUUUCAAGGCGUCCAAGGCGCCGCUUUGCUUGAUUUUGGACGCCCUGGACAUGCGCGGGCAGGUUGA